AUGCUAAAGCUAUUACAAGAGUAUCCAAGCUUUUAUGUAAAUCAUAUUGGAUUUUACCUUGAUGCAGUCUCGUUUGUACACAAAUAUAAUCCCUUUUAAGAAUCGACAAAUCCUAAGGGAAGGKUGUGGCGCAAACAAGAAGAAGGUCUGUCUAUUACAGCCAAAGGGAAUAAGUCUUUAGCCGGAGGAUGUYGAGUUCACAUGAUGGUGGUUAUUGCUUAUGGUAAAGGCGUUAUCGGGACAGACAACUAUGAACACAUGAACGGUGAGUAUUUCUCACAAUUUGUUCGCAAUCAUAUGAAAUUAAUGUUUGGUCUAGCAGGGCCUAAGCAUAACUCCUUAAGAUUGUUUGUAAUGGAUAAUGACCCCUCUCAAAACAGCCAUAGAGCAUUGUGUGAAAUAGAAAAAAUCGAGGCUGAAAUUCAUGCAAUUCCGCCACAAUCUCCUGAUCUCAACCCCAUAGAAAACAUAUUUAAUACCGUUAAAACAGACUUAAAGAAGGAAGCUAUUUCAAUGAUAAUUAAUGAGUCAUUUGAUGAAUUAAGAGCAGAAUAAAGAACGCAUUUCAUCGAAUUACUACACAUGAAGUGGCAAAACUAUCGAUACUAUGCCAAAGCAUCUACAAGAAAUUGUAAAGA